AGCUGGUGACUUAUUGACUGAAGACAGACUCAAGGCUGAGGACGCUGCUGUCUGUCCUCUGUCCAGCAAACCAUGAAGGACAAUGACACUCAAACUUGUUUCUUCUGUUCUUUUUUUUUUUGAGUCCUCAUCUCUAACGUCUUUGUCUGCUCAUCUCCACCUGGGUCGGCUGACCCCUGACCUGGAGGUCUGCAGACCCUCAGAGCUUCACUGUUUUUUGAACAAGGUUCCGAUAAAAGCCUUGGGUUUUUCUUCUGGACAGAUGCACCAGACCUCCUCAAAACCAGGACCAGGACCAGAGCUAGUUCAGUCUGAAUCUGCAGCAAUGGCUGAUGGGAAGCGGCGUGGCGGUGGCAGGGUGUCUCCUCCAGAUAACGGGUGGGGCUGGGUGAUCGUUGGCUCGUGCUUCAUGGUGAUGAUGUGCACACGAGCAUUUACCAGGUGCAUCUCCAUCUUCUUCGGGGAGUUUCAUGCUCACUUUGGAGCUGACUACGCUGCUACAGCCUGGGUCCACAGUCUGGUGGACUGCGCCACCAUGCUGUGUGCUCCUGUGGGCAGUUUGGUCGCUAAUCGAUGGUCCUGUCGUGUGGCAGUGAUGGUUGGUGGACUCUUGUCCUCCUGUGGACUCCUUCUCAGUUCUUUCUGCAGCAGCCUGGAGAUGCUCUACUUCACCAUGGGAGUCGUCACAGGUCUGGGUUUCGCACUGUGUUACACGCCUGCUCUCGCCAUGGUGGGCUGUUAUUUCCGCCAGAGGAAGGCGCUGGCAUACGGUAUCGCGUCAUCGGGCAGCGGGAUUGGGACGUUCGUGUUGGCUCCCACCGUGCAGCUGUUGAUCGAGCUGUACUCGUGGAGGGGGGCGCUGCUCAUCCUCAGCGCCUUCGUUGCCAACCUCUGCGUCUGCGGGGCGCUGCUUCGACCAAUCACACUGCGGGAGGAGGAGGAAGGGGCGGAGCCAGUGGGGGAAGAGAGGCCAGAUGCAGGUACCAUCUUGCCGUCAAUUGCUGAACUCGCAAUAAAAGAAUCUCAGGACGUCCCACAGUUGCCCGCUGUGUUGCCAUCACAUUCAUCUAUACCACUGCUGCCCCGGGUGAUGGGAAACUCCACUGCUCAGACGCAGAGCAUCCUGUCCAAUAAGGAUUACCGUUUCCUGCUGCUGCCAGACUUCCUGUUCUUGGCCUUGUCCUUCCUGUUCCUGAGCAGCGGCUGCAGCCUUCCCUUUGUCUACCUGUUUCCUUACGCUGUUAGUGCUGGGGUGUGUUACCAGAAAGCCACCUUCCUCGUGUCCAUACUGGGAAUCAUCAGCAUCGUGGGGAGCAUCACGUUCGGCUGGCUGACUGACCUCAGGUGUCUGAAGCCGUACUGUCUGCUCUGUUACGCCGUCUCCGUGGCGAUGGAGGGUCUCAGCUGCCUCUUUGUUCCAGCGCUUCACUCCUUCCCGCUCCUCGUACCCUUCGCCGUCCUCUACGGAUACUUUGACGGCGCCUAUGUCGCUCUGAUCCCAGUGGUGACAUUGGAUGUGGUGGGAGCUUCGUACCUGUCUUCGGCUCUGGGCGUGAUCUACUUCCUCCAUGCUAUCCCGUACCUCCUCAGCCCGCCCACUGCAGGUUGGCUCGUUGACUUCACACAAAACUACACGGCCCCCUUCUUGCUCAGUGCCGCCGCCCUGCUAGCCAGCGCGCUCAUCCUGCUCACAGUCACCGUGAUCCGUUACUGGCGUCGCGGCCAAAGACGCCACGCACAAGCCCCGCCCCCAUAAGCCCACGUCAUCAGACUGUGACCUCGUCUGUGUCUCAGAGGAAACGACGACGAGAGCCGUGAUUGGAUGAUUCACCCACCAAUCAAAAUAUUAUCUUAAUUUACGAUUAAUCGCAGGAUACUUUUUUAUUCAUGGAUUUUGUUUGGUUCAUAAAAGUUUAGAAAAAAAACGAGAACAAUCUUCAAAAUAAACAA